AUGGAUGUUGGUCCCGACCCUAACCUUCUUGCACCGCCGAUUCAGCUGAAUGACAUACACAAGAAAUGGGAUGUAGCCAUAUUCAUCAUCGUCUUUCUUAUCGUAGCCAGCUUGACGGCUGUGCUCCGCCUGGUGUUUCGUUGGAAGUCUAAGACCUUUGGACUCGACGAUUGGGCAAUGGUGCCAGCGCUGGUGUGUUACAUUGCUCACUCCAUCAUGGCAUGCUAUGUGAAUGCCAAAGCGGGCAUCGGGAAGCCUCUUUGGGAGGUCACCAUGCCAGAAUUCGAGCUAUGGGGCAAGGGCCUCGUUAUGACAUCCUUCCUGUACCCUCUCGCUUCAGGCUUCGUACGCAUAUCCAUUCUUCUAUUCUACGACCGAGUCUUCUCUAAAGCCAGCAAGCCCAUGCGGAUAGUCAUUCGGGCAUCCCUGGUCUUCGUCGGUUGCUACAUCGCUGGCUUCGUAACAUAUGCUGGAUUCCUCUGUAAGCCUCUUCAUAAGUUCUGGAAGCCAUUUGAGAGGCGUGAAUACUGUGGUGACAACGUUAACUACUGGAUCUAUACUGCCCUUCUCUACAGCGUCAGCCUUCUGCAAGAUUUAGAACUUCUGUUUCUGCCCAUCGGAUCCGUGAUAGGAUUACAAAUGCCGUUAAAGAGGCGUAUUGGAGUGAUUAUUAUAUUCGCUCUGGGUACAUCAGCGUGUGUCGCUGCCGCAUACAAGCUGGCAAUUUUCGGCUUACAGUGGGGACGAACGGGAACUAUUGACCCAAGAUGGUAUAUGUCGCAAGCCAGUCGAGUGAUUCCUCCCCAGUUCGACAAGUAUGGCUACACUAUGUGGAUUCCCACACAAUCAGAGCUUUCAGCCGCCAUCAUUGGGCCCUCUCUAAUUGCACUAAAACCUUAUCUCCGAACAACGGCGGAGAAACUAUCUACGAGGAUCAACGAUACCUUUGGAUCCGCCGUUGGGACGAUCGCGGGUAGAGGGAACAAGCCACGGUCGGCGGAUAUGACCCACCACACCUCCAACAAAGAAUAUGUGAAGAUGGAUGACGGCUCUAAGGCAGCUGUCACAGAUUUCGAACUUCACCACGUGAGAUCAGGGAAGUAG